ACUUGAUGUGAUCUGGCUUUCAACUCUGAAUGCGAUGAACGUCAGCGAAUAAAGUUCUGCAGCAGACGCCCGAAGAUCAUAACUCAGUUACUUCGGAUAAACAAUUCUCUGAUACAUACUGGAUCUGUUGGCUUUUAUCGAACCUUCACUGGCUUUCGAGAUCGUUUUAUAGAAGAAUAGCAGUCUAUUGAAAAGACGAGAUGGCUGUACUAAAACGCUUGAAAUCUACCUCAAAAUACCUCGGAUUCCUUGGGUGCGUGCUUUUCGGUCUGCGUAUGUCCAGGAUUCACCUCUCCGUCGCGCCAAGCGCGGGCCAGCAAAUAACCAUGGGCCAACUCUCCCGACAACGCUCCAGGGCAGCACAAUCCACUCCAAGAGAUACAAAUCAUUAUGAUAUCGAAAAUUGCCGGGGCCGCGUGAAGAAUAUCUACUUUCUGAAGACCCACAAGUGUGCCUCUACCACUGUCGCCACCCUCCUCACUCGUUAUGCCGUCCAACAUAGUCUUACCCUAGCUUUGCCCUCAGCUGGUCUCAAGGACAAGUAUCACAUCGGCUGGCCUGCACCUCUGAAUCCGCGCCACGUGUUCAAAUACAAAGAUGGCCGAAAAAUCAACAUCAUCGCGCUUCAUACAACCUACAACAGGUCCGCAGUCAAUGAAAUAAUGCCCAGACAUACGUUGAAAAUUGGAAUUAUUCGGGACCCUUUGACGCAAUUCUGGUCUGCAUUUGAUUUUUUUCAUUUAGGUAAUCUGCCGAAUUCGAAAGCAAACGUCACGAUACUGACUUAUCUCCAGGACCCUAUGAAGUAUGCGCGCCCUCUUUUGAGAUUUCAUGGAAACAGAUAUUUCAAAAACUUCCUUUUGACCGAAUUUGGUUACCCUGAUCAUGACGUCACAGAUAUUGAGACUAUCCGUCGAUUUGCCAGUGAUAUAUUCAAACAGUUUGAUCUCAUAAUGACGUAUGAAAAUCUUUAUGAAUCCGUGGUUUUGAUGAGGAGGCUGCUGUGUUGGGAUUUCAAAUCCAUUCUCAUGACACAUUUUCACAAAAAUAAAAAUUUUCAACAACAUCUCGCCGGUAACGAGAAACUACGAGAACUGCAUAAAUCUUGGAGUUCGGCAGAUUAUAUAUUUUAUGAAUAUUUACAAUCAAAAUUCCUUGAUUCAAUCAAAGAACAAGAUGACGAUUUUGUUGAUGAAGUCGAACAUUUGAAAAAUGUUGUCAAAAACUUGGAGUUAUUUUGCCAUAAGGAGGAAAGACAGAAGUUAGGAUUGAAGAAAUAUAUUGUGCCGAAAUCCAAAUGGAAUAAAAAGAUCGUUAUAAGACCUGCAGACUGCCAUUUGUAUCAUAUAAAAAUUUACGACUAUCAUAAUAUGUUGAUAGAAACAUAUGUUGAAAAAUAUUGAAUUGUAGUAGUACAUACAUGUACCUGUACACUGUAGGCCUACAUGUAAUAUACAUUCCAUUGGUAAAUCAUGACUUAUUUCUUCCUUUCGUUAGAUUAAACUUCAU